ACUAAGCCUACCAAGUGGCAGGAUUUUGAGUUACUGGCUGAUGUAUCAAAAAUGAAAAAAAUACUGCCCUCGAAGAAAGAUCACCAGCAAUGCAAAAUCAAUGGAUUGGAAUACCUCAUUUCAUUCUAUAAUCUUUUCCCACUCAUCAUCUCAUCCUCCUUUUAUUUUUACUUUAACAACCAAAACAUGUCUUCGCCUCGCCCGUCGCCCAGUCUUGGCUUCAAACGUUGCCACAUCUUCGCUUCGCCCGUCGUCCCGUCUUCGUUUCGCCCGUCGCCCCGUCUUCGUUUCGCCCGUCGCCCAGUCUUGGCUUCACCCGUUGCCACAUCUUCGCUUCGCCCGUCUUCGUUUCGCCCGUCGCCCCGUCUUCGUUUCGCCCGUCGCCCUGUCUUCGCUUCGCCCGUCACCCCGUCUUCACUCCGCCCGUCACCCCGUCUUCGCUUCGCCCGUCGUCCCGUCUUCGCCUCGCCCGUCACCCUGUUUUCACUUCGCCCCGUCAUCGCCUCGUCUUUGUGGUAUCAUUGUAUUUUUUAAUGUGUAAUUGUGUAGUGUUAAUUAACCCGUUGGCUGCCACCCACUUUGAU